GGCUUUAACUCAUUAAAUGUACCACCAACUUUCGCGGAUGAAAUUUUUACAACGGAUUAUCGCAUGUCCGUUUUUUUUUAUAUGUUACGUGAAUGCAGCAUUACUUUCUUCAUUGCCGCCAUACAGCCUAUGGUUGCCACAGCAUCACAACCACAGGUGGCUACUUAUUUAGCGUUAGCUGUAGAAAUAGCGGUUAUCAUUCGUCAGCUUGUACAAACAGUUGUCAAUUACAGCUCUUAUAAUUCAAAGUUAAUUAAGUUUGCUGAAAGACUGUCGAGCAGAAGACCGUGUAAUCUGAGCUCGGCAGGUCAGGUCUGGGACAGUUACUGAAGGCGCACUGUUUGACAGCCAUGGGAGGGACGUUAAAGAGCAACACGGCGGUUCAAUUCUACCUCUAAGUCUUUUAACAAACGCCCACAAUGGCGUCUGUCAUGGAGGAUCCAACCUUAGAGAGACACUUCAAGGGGCAUAAAGAUGCUGUCACCUGUGCAGACUUCAAUCCAAACCGCAAACAACUGGCUUCAGGGUCAGCGGAUAAGAGCCUGAUGAUCUGGAAUCUGGCUCCAAAGGCGAGGGCUUUCCGCUAUGUUGGUCAUCAGGACAUCAUCACAGGGCUGCAGUUUUCCCCCUCUGGUAACCUGGUGGCCACUUCCUCCAAGGACAGAACAGUGCGACUGUGGACACCCUCCAUGAAAGGAGAGUCAACAGUGUUCAAAGCCCACACGGCUGCUGUACGCAGUGUUGCUUUCUCCCAUGAUGGACAGAGACUAGUGACAGCGUCUGACGACAAGUCUGUCAAAGUGUGGAGCGUUCACCGGCAGUGCUUUGUCUACUCUCUCAACCAGCACACCAACUGGGUGCGCUGUGCCAGGUUUUCACCAGACGGGCGGCUGAUAGCGUCCUGUGGAGACGAUCGCACUGUCCGGCUGUGGGACACGUCCACCAAACACUGCAUCAACUGUUUCACUGACUAUGGAGAAUCAGCAACGUUUGUUGGUUUCAACUCAAGUGGCACCUGUAUCGCAUCUUCAGGAGUUGACAGUUCACUGAAACUCUGGGAUUUACGGACUAACAAGCUGAUUCAGCAUUAUCAAGUCCACAGUGCAGGAAUAAACAGCUUUUCCUUCCACCCGUCCAACAACUACCUGAUCAGUGGCUCAAGUGACGGCACUGUUAAGAUCCUGGACCUGCUAGAGGGACGCCUCAUCUACACGCUUCAUGGACACAAGGGGGCUGUAAUAACAGUAGCCUUUUCCAGGGCUGGAGACCUAUUUGCCUCGGGGGGAGCUGAUGGUCAGGUGCUGAUGUGGAGGACAAACUUUGACACCAAAUCCUACAGAGACAUCCUGCAACAACACAGUCACAGGUCUACCCCUGAUCCUCCACCUCACCUGACUGACAUCCACCCCAGAGUACCCCACCUUCACCACCCGCAGCCCACAGCCAUUCAGGUCAGUCCAGCAGUAGCAGACACUCAAUCCACUGACCCUCAUGUCAUAGAGUUGGGGCAGUCUGUUCACAGCAACACGAUGCAUGGUGUGAGCGGUACCAGAGCGAAAUUGGAGCAGAAUGGAGCGAGAGAUAAGCUCUUAAAUGGUCGAACACACUUGACACCCACACAGGCCGCCAACAGUCACAACUAUAACGGUUUGUUGGCGCGUCACGUGACUACUUCACGAGUAGAAGGAUGGACAGAAGACGAAAGGACCGGAAGGGCAUGUGCAACUGCUUGGAGCCAGACCGGGGCCGGCGAGGGGGGAAGAGGAAGGAGAAAGGAGGAGGAGAGAGGGCAGGUGCACCCUUUGGAAGUUCUCUCCGGUCAUCCAUCGAGUCUGGACUCCACCCUGCGGCACAUUGUUCAACAGUUGGAUAUUCUAACGCAGACUGUUUCAGUACUGGAGGAGCGUCUCAGCCUGACUGAGGACAAGCUGAAGGAGUGUCUUCUCCACCAAUCCAAGAUCUUCAAGGACGUGCGAUCAUCAGAGGAGAGGUCUAGGAGGGAGAGCGAGGACACGGAUGGAUAACCUGUCCAUUUCGCUUGAGGAUGACCACGCCCUUCCUCAGACUGCAGCAGAGACUGCUGGACAGGGUUGUGUGUGUUUGUGAUUGUGAAUUAGUGUCUUAGUGUGAUUCUAAAUGUCCACCUUGGUGGUCUCUCUCAGGGGUCAGUGGGUUAAUCAGGGUUUGGGCUGGAAUGUGUGUGUCUGUGUUUGUGUGCGCGUUUUUGUGUGUCUGUGUAAUGGUGUAAUGCCAGCAUAUUUUCUCCAUGUCUUUCUUCACCUCUUAAGGAUAUCCAGCUGCACAGCAGAGCACAGUCUGGCUGGGACAUUCCGUGUGUG